AUGGGCCUUCUCGUUGAUGGUCCUCUCUUGGACCAUUUGACGGCUUUCUUUCCAGCCAUACUAUUGGCAGCGUCCGUUUUCUACUUUCUUGCCCUUGGGCUAUACCGUCUUACCCUUCACCCACUGGCCAAGUUCCCCGGCCCCAAGGUCUCGGCGUUCACGGGGUGGUAUGAGUUCUACCUCGACCUAUUUGGUGCACCCCGCAGAACCUUCGCGUUCCAAGUCCAGCGAAUGCACGAGAAGUACGGCCCCAUCGUCAGAAUCAACCCCCACGAGCUCCACGUCAGCGACCCGGACUUCUUCGACGUCCUCAACGCCGGGGGCAGCGCUCGCAGGGACAAGUACCCCCCCAGCGCGAGCGUCCAGGGCACGCCGGACGGCAUCUUCGGGACCGUCGGCCACGAGGCCCAUCGUCGCCGUCGGGGUGCCAUAUCGGGCUUCUUCUCGAAGCAGUCGCUGCUGAAAGACGAGCGUCUUGUUCACGACAAGGCCAACCUCCUGUGCAACGUGUUCCGAAGCGCCAUGGACGAGGGGCGGGCGAUCAACGUUCGUGUCCCUCUGCUGGCGUUCGGGACAGACUUCUACUGCGCACACGCGCUUGGAGAACGGGGGAACAUGCAUUUGUUGGAAGACGAGAAAAAGGCCCAGGUGUGGAGAGAUAGCAUCGUUGGCUUGCUCCACGUCACCCCGGUCGUGAGGCAGUUUCCAUGGGUUCUGUCCUACGCGUUCGGGCUACCCAGCUGGUUCAUCAGAUGGAUCUCGUCGGAUAUGGCCCUCGUCGUAGAUGUGUUUACGGAUAUCCUCAAGCAAGCCGAAGCCGCUGUCGAUGAGUCCAAGAGACCCAAGGCUGUGGAAAAAGGCCGGAGCAACCUGAUGGACACGAUCCUGGCGUCGGAAUUGCCCAAAGGCGAGAAGACUGCUAAUCGGAUUGCGCAAGAGGGCUUCACCAUUCUGACCGCCUCGGGCGAUACACUCGGGAGGGUCAUGACAACGGCAAUCUACCACCUUCACUGCAACCCGGAAUACUUGGCUAGGGUACGAGAGGAGCUGAAGACAGCGAUGCCAGACCCCGACGUUUAUGUGCCACUGAGCAAGAUCGAGAGUCUGCCCUGGCUGGCAACCGUUAUCAAAGAGUCGCUUCGUAUUGCCGGCCUCAUCACAGCAAGGACGGUCUUACAAGCACCCAAUGAGUGCCUGAAGUUCCAAGAUUGGGUAAUACCACGCAAUACACCAGUCGGCAUGACUACCUCGGAUUUGAUGCUGGACCCCGCCGCAUUCCCAGAGCCAAAGAGAUUCGACCCCGGGAGAUGGGAGCCAUCGCACCCUCUGUACGCCCAGAGCACGAAGCAUUUCGUCGCCUUCAGCAGAGGACACAGAAACUGCAUCGGGCUGAAUCUGGCCUGGGCGCAGAUGUACAUCGCCCUCGCCAAGAUCCUGCGCCGGUUCGAACUCGAGCUCUUCGACGUCGUCCGAGAGAGGGACAUUGACCACCACCGCGACUGCUUCUUGGGCGAGCCGAGGGACGACACGAAAGGUGUCAGGGUCAAGGUCCUUGGUCUGCUGGAGUGA